UUCCGGGACAUGUAGUCGUGGAGUUCCCGAGGCCCUAUUUUGAGGGAGACCUUAAUUCUUUAGGUUUGCACGUCCCACAGUCACAGUCCAGUGCUACUUUUGCUCAGAAUUCAGCUUCGGACUGCCAAGAGAGAGUAGCCUGGUGUUGACUUCUCGUUCCCACAACGCUCUGCGGGGCCCCCGGCGCCUGCUGGGAGCUGUAGUCCUCGGUCUGCGUACUGCGUUCGCCGAGGGGGAGGGUGGAGCUGCCGGCGGCCCGGGCGGGCUGGCAGCUAGAGUGGGAACGGUAGCCGCCUCCGCUUCUGCCGCCUCCGCCGUCGCCUCCUCCGCCCGGGCCGUUCGCUGCUGCGCGGGGAGAGCGAGGCGGGGCCGCCGGGGCCGCCAUGGAGCCCGACUCGGUGAUUGAAGACAAGACCAUCGAGCUCAUGAACACUUCAGUUAUGGAGGAUCAAAAUGAAGAUGAGUCCCCAAAGAAAAAUACUCUUUGGCAGGUAGGAAUGACGACUGGGGGAGUGUGGACAGUGAUUUGGGAUAAAACCAGCUUGGAAUGUUUGAAAGUGUUAACAGGACACACUGGCUCUGUCCUUUGUCUCCAGUAUGAUGAACGUGUCAUUGUGACUGGUUCUUCAGACUCUACAGUGAGAGUCUGGGAUGUGAACACGGGUGAAGUUUUGAACACAUUGAUCCACCACAAUGAGGCUGUACUGCACUUACGCUUCAGCAAUGGACUGAUGGUGACCUGUUCCAAGGACCGCUCCAUUGCUGUGUGGGACAUGGCUUCUGCCACUGAUAUCACUUUACGCCGUGUCCUGGUUGGCCACCGCGCUGCUGUCAAUGUAGUAGACUUUGAUGAUAAAUACAUCGUGUCUGCCUCUGGUGACAGAACCAUCAAAGUCUGGAGCACGAGUACCUGUGAAUUUGUUCGUACUCUGAAUGGGCACAAGCGAGGCAUUGCCUGUCUCCAGUACAGGGAUCGGCUGGUUGUUAGCGGAUCAUCAGAUAAUACCAUAAGGCUAUGGGAUAUCGAAUGUGGUGCCUGUUUAAGAGUCCUAGAGGGACAUGAAGAAUUGGUCCGAUGCAUCCGGUUUGAUAACAAGAGGAUUGUCAGUGGGGCCUAUGAUGGGAAAAUUAAAGUUUGGGACUUGCAAGCUGCUCUGGACCCUCGGGCCCCAGCAAGCACUUUGUGUUUGCGCACGUUGGUGGAACAUUCUGGACGUGUGUUUCGGCUGCAGUUUGAUGAAUUUCAGAUCAUCAGCAGCUCCCACGAUGACACUAUUUUGAUUUGGGAUUUCUUAAAUGUGCCUCCCAGUGCCCAGAACGAGACCCGUUCUCCCUCCAGAACAUACACUUACAUCUCCAGAUAACAGUCUGCACUUUACCCGUUUCAGGGUUUCCUAGUCUUGAACUACUGGCUACAUGGCUACCAAAUGCCUAAGGGAGUUCUUCACAGCUGAGUUAAGAAGCUGGAAUUGGUUCUAGACGCUGGGUAGAUGCAAAGCAGCCUAACUCUUCCAAGUACCAACAUUUCUCACCUCCGAUUCCGGCCUCUACUUUGAGAAGGAUACCUUAGCUUCACCGACUUCCAGUAGAACAGAAGCCCAUUUCCUCCCCCAUCAGUGAAAAAAAAAUCUAAUGCUUCAAAUGUAAAUUGUUCAUAUAAAAGGAACGUACAGUCUGUUUUACAGAAGUAAAUCGACCAUCAAGAGAAGACUGGCCUCUAAUUUAUAUUGCUUUGCACUUUGGUCUGAUAUUAAGAAACAGCAUUCUUCUUUGGUGAAAUUUUGGGUGCCAAACACCUACCCAGAAUGUCCAGGGCUUUCCUUUUCAGAAGUUAGCAUUCUCCUUUUGACCGUCCAAGUCAUUAUGAAUUCUGACCUGUAUUAGGAACAUGUUGGACAAUGGAAAAAUUUCUCUGGAUUGUUUUAGUAAUAUUUUUUGGAUUAUACUUCCUUUCUGUACCAAUUUCUUUUAAUUUAAAGAACUAUAAGCCAGGUUAUAUUAUCUCCCAACAGGUAAUAUAGCUCUUUUCUUUUAUUAACUAUUCUGUCUGUACCCCAGCCAUCUCCUGAUAUUUGGUAGAGUAACACUUUUACACGUGUGCUUGCCUCCUAAUUUAAAAUACUGUAUCCGCAUGUAGAUAUAAUGUACAUAACAGUUUAACCUCAAGGUUGCUGGAGUCAGGGCCCCUGUGCCUGAGACACUAAUACAGAGUGUGUUCGCACUUAGCCAUGGGCUGGGCUCAAGAACCUGAUACCAGGGUUGAUGUGGAUUACCUAGGACCCUUCCUGCAGUAUUCAUAUGAUAUUUUUAUUUUGUCAUUGUCAUUUUGUGUGUAUGUGUGUGGUGUGUGUGUUUUUAAUGGGAAUCUUGUUUUAAAAUGUAAUUUCUAAAGUUUAACACAAAAUGUUUUAUUCGUUGUGUAGCAUAUAUAAUAGAGAGGUACCUUAACAUUUUUUUGUUUUUCUUUUCGUCAUAAAUACUCCUGAGUACUAGUGGUCACUUCCCAUGGUAUUCAUUUGACUUUACUGUCAAAGAUCAUUAUUCUGUGCAUUAGUACUAACCCUGGAAAGGGAGGAACAAGAAGGCCCUAUUGACUGGGUUUCGUGGCUCUGGAAUGCAUGCAUCCUAGCAUGGAUGUCGCAUCCUCGCCAGGGUGUUAACAAGGCCUGCUCAUAAUGUUGGAGCCCGUUACACCAGGUCAGGUUGGUUCAGAGGCCCAUCUCCAGUGGAAGGGUACUCCUAUGUGGUGUAAAGCUUCAAGCUCAUGAAUCCCAUUCCCGUCAUCUCUGGUGUCACCUGCUGCUGUGGCCCUGGCAGGUUCUCCAAACUCCCAAGUGCUCUGCAGCCCGAAUGUGUGAAUGGCACUAUCACGCUGACCGUGCACGGAAAGGACUUUGGCAUUCGGUUGGCACUCCUUUUCCCUUGUUCAAUAUUAGGUUCUGAUUUGCCCCUUGCCAUUGUUUCCAAAGAUUAAGGAAUGUCAGUAACAUUUUCAAGGACCAAUAAGAACCUCCUGUUGACUAAACCUCUUCCCGUGGAAGCACACUCUACUACUAAAGGGAAGGGCCCUGGGCUCUGUUUUGUCCUUUGCAUUGAGAACGGUGUGGGGAUCAAUGUGUGUGUAUGUGAUUUGUUUCUUGGGUUGGCUUGGCUUUUUAGUUUUUCUUUUUCCUUUUCUAAAAAUACAUCCUUCCCUCCCACAUGGUACCAAAUUAAUUUCUAUUUUUGAGCAGUUGAGUCUCCAAGUGUAAAAAAAAAAAAAAAAUAAGGAAAUCUCUAUUUGUGAGGUAGAUGUUGUAAGCUUGACAGUGGUUGUGGAAGUGAGUUAACUUUUACCACUCUCCACAUGACAGCUUUAUAUCAAACUGGUUAGGAGGGCCCAGGGGUGUGGGAGGGGCGGGGGGAGGAGGCAAUUCUUCUGAACGAAUGGACUUUUUGUUGUUGUUUUUGCAUGUUUAAUAUAGAAGUUCUUGUUCCUUGGGAGAUCAUGGCCUUCGAAUAUGCACACAACCUUUGAAUUGUGCCUACUAAAUUAUAGCAGGGGACUUUGGCACCCAAGGAAUUCUGACUUUCUGGGAUUAUAGUAGUAAUUCCCAGCCGUACCCUGGACUUUAUUUUGCUAACCAUAAUUGAGCAACUGUAAAUUACUGCUAUAUUAAUGUUUUAAAGCACUGGGAUAGUCUAAUUCUAACUUGUAAUUAAUUAUGUUUGCCAAUUAUCUGUUUGAAAUAAAUUUGUGUCUGAACAGCUAUGGAAACUGUUAAAUUGUACAGAUAUUAUUCAUGACAGCUUUGUACUGUGGAAUGUGCUUAAUAAAAAACAAAAAGUUUGACUUUUGUCCAAUAAAUUGCUAAGUAAUGUCAAUAAAUCAAGUAUGAGUAUUAUGCAGUACACCUAAUCUGGCUUCAUGCAAUUGUUACUUCAGCUACUAAUUCAAAGCCAAUACUCUUAAUAAAGUGUUGCAAUACUCUGA